CUCCUCACGUACUUGAUGCCUAGAAAGUAGAACCCCAAGAAAAUGGGGAGAAUCAAAGGAGGGAAGGAGGAAGGAAACAAACAAAUCGAAGCGAAAUCCUCCAUGUCGGUGGUGUGCCAAACUAACAUUUGAUUUCAUUCUCUUUCCCACGCUUUCUCACUCCUAGUGGCGGAACGCGCGGCGGCGGCGGCCAAGCCAGAAUCGGCCCAUCAUGAGUUACCGGAGUUUCCAGAACCGCAGCAGGGAGAUUCGUUCUUCGAGAUCAGCUCUCUUGGAUGAUGGCCUGGAAGAAGGUGGGUUGAAGGCUUCCGCUUCGUUUUCUUCGGAGAUCAAGGAGCACGACAACGAUAGAGCUGUGGAGACUCUGCAAGACAGAGUUAGUUUCCUCAAGAGAAUAACUGGUGAUAUACAUGAGGAAGUAGAGAGUCACAACCGUCUGCUAGAUCGAAUGGGCAAUGGCAUGGACGUUUCAAGGGGAGUAAUAUCUGGAACCAUGGAUCGAUUCAAAGCGGUAUUUGAGAAGAAAUCCAGUCGACGAACAUGUGCGCUUGCUGGGACCUUUGUCCUUUCGUUUAUAGCUGUAUAUCACCUCAUCAGGGUCCUUAGAUUCUUCAUGUAACCCAUGCGAGGGAACCAGUGAAUCAAUGGAUUGAAGUUGGGGUUAUAGUUGCGGAAUCAAAGGUCUAUCUUUCUGGCUUCUUUCUUUCAUCAAGUGCAGGAGGUUGUUACCCAUAUCGAAUCGAAUCGAAUUGGGGACUUUACCUCUUGUCUAACACUAUAUAGGAAGCACAUUGUUGUAUGUUGAAACCUCCAUAGAAAUUUACUUCAAAUAUCAUGGCUCAAUGCCUUUCUGGUAAAUGACGUGACGAGGAUUGGUUUUUGUAUUUUUUUGGGUAGAGGAAAGUGGAAACACUGGGAAAUUUUCUGCAUAAAUUUACCUUUUGACGCCGGAAACCGACAUGUCCGUUGACCGACAAUUCGCCAGUCAAUUUCGGAUAUUUGAAUUUACUGUUUGGCAGGUUGUUAUAAGAGGUGAACCAGACACAGACGUUCAAGCUUGGGUGGUUGUAGAUUGACGGCGACGUUUUUCAGGUGGUCGACGGGCGGCCAAUGUAUAGACAAAGAGGAUGAGACAGCACAAUUCAUCUUGGUCAGCUCUCACCCAGUCGGAACAAGCAAGCAAGCCUGUGACUUUAUGGUCAAUUAUUUAUUUUACUGUAUUAUUUUUUGGGGUUUAUAUAAGUAGAAUUCAGAUAUAUUUUGUGUCCAAUUAAUGUUUUUUCAUCGAAAGUAAUAUCGUUUAAACAUGUAAUGAAUAAUUCAUGUGGUA